AUGCACAGCCCCCUUGACAAUGCGAUAACCAGUUGUCUCAAACAGGCUCGCACGCAGCACGUCAGACCGCGACACGCUCUUCAUGCUGUCGAGGGUGUCGAUCUAGGCGCACGUCAAUCCCAGCAUCGCAUUUGCGGGCGCCAGCGUGGAAUGCGAGCUGAAUGUGAGCUGCCGUGCGUGCACGAAGCACCGCUUUCUCGUCUCACGCGGCGGACCUGGCCGCACUGUCUGCUGGCCGUUCAUUUGGCGCGGAGUCGUUCAAUUGCGGUCACUUCCGGAUGUAAACGGAUUAUUCGACACACCAACAAGCAAAUGACGACGACGCUGGCUGCUUGGGGCGGAAGUUUUCAUGCAGCGGAGCUCGUCAUCGUUGCCCAACGCUGCCAGACGAGGCGGCGAGGCAUUGAAACACCCACCGCUGGCUACUGUGCGACGAGGCAGCAACGACCGACGUCUCGACGCAAUUGCGACGGCGCGAACAGGUCCAGUGAUCAAUCGGGCAAACAGGGCUCGCUGGUAUCCAGUCCUGAAGUCGCGACGGCGCGAAUGAACAUCGUCAAAUCAGAUUUACGACCAUCGAGAAGUUGA